GAGAUGGCGGUGGCACCGUCCGGCCGCCUCGGCGCCCCGCCAGGGCCCAGCGAUCGCGCCCGCCUCCGGGCCUCAGGCGGCGGCUGCGAGCCCCGGGGCGGCGGCGUGGGGCGGCAGCGGCCGCAGCGCUGCGCGGGCGGGCGGGCGGGAGAUGCCGAAGCUGCGCGGGGAGGCCUUCUGGAGGGAGACGCUGCGGAGCGCCCACUACGUGGUGGCGCCCAUGGUGGACCAGAGCGAGCUGGCCUGGAGGCUGCUGAGCCGCCGCCACGGCGCCCAGCUCUGCUACACGCCGAUGCUGCACGCCCAGGUCUUCCUCAGGGACGCCAACUACCGCCGCGAGAACCUCUACGGGGAGGCCUGUCCCGAGGACCGCCCGCUCAUCGUGCAGUUCUGCGCCAAUGACCCUGAAGUGUUUGUCCAAGCAGCACUGUUGGCUCAGGAUUAUUGCGAUGCCAUAGACCUAAAUUUGGGUUGCCCCCAAAUGAUUGCAAAGAGAGGUCACUACGGAGCAUUUCUGCAAGAGGAGUGGGACCUUCUUCAGAGAAUGAUUUUACUGGCUAACGAGAAGCUCUCUGUUCCCAUCACAUGCAAAAUCCGCGUUUUCCCAGAAAUUGACAAGACAGUGAAGUAUGCACAGAUGCUGGAGAAAGCUGGCUGCCAGCUGCUGACUGUGCAUGGCCGUACUAAAGAACAGAAAGGACCACUUGCUGGCGUGGCAUCUUGGGAGCACAUUCAAGCUGUCAGAAAAGCUGUAAGCAUUCCUGUAUUUGCAAAUGGAAACAUCCAGUGUCUCAGUGAUGUGGAAGAAUGUAUUCGUAAGACAGGAGUGCAUGGUGUCAUGAGUGCAGAAGGUAAUCUUCAUAACCCAGCCUUGUUUGAGGGCCGAAACCCAUUGGUGUGGGAGAUGGCUGAGGAGUAUCUGGAGAUAGUGCAGAAGUACCCUUGUCCAUUGUCUUAUGUUAGGGCUCAUCUCUUCAAGCUCUGGCAUCACACGCUUCAAGUUUACCAGCAGCUGCGUGAAGAAUUAGCAAAAGUGAAGACUCUAGAGGGCAUUGUAGAUGUCAACAGGGAGCUGAAACUACGAUGCCAGGAAGAAAUAGCUAAUCAGAAAGAAGGAGAAAAGCCAAAGGAAGGGUUGCCUUUUUUCCACUGGAUCUGUCAGCCAUACAUCCGGCCAGGGCCAAAGGAGAGAUGCAAGGAGAAUGGAGCCAGUGGGACUGAAAAAGGGGUGCGGGGGAAACGUGCUCUGGAAGAGGAGGAAGAUGGAAAUUCUGAGCUUCUGUCAAAGAAUAAACAAAAAAAGAAGUUAAGAAAUCCAAAUAAAAGCUUUGAUCCAUCUUUAAAACCCAAAUAUGCGAAAUGUGAUCAAUGUGGAAACCCUAAGGGCAAUAAAUGUGUGUUUAACAUGUGCCGAGGAUGCUGCAAGAAAAGAGCAUUCAAAGAGACAGCAGACUGUCCAGGUCAUGGAUUACUUUUUAAGACCAAAUAUGAAAAAUCCCUUUCAUGGCAGAGUAGUCAAAGAGUAAUUCAAAACCCAGAGAUCAGUCGGAGAGGAGAUAUAGAUGUGGGGGAGACUGCUGUACUGAAGGAGGCUGGUGACAGUGCAGUGUGAAGCUUUGGAAAUGAAUAGUUAAAGACUCCUGCCAGGCCUCUGCUUCCCUGGGCCAAAGAACAUGCCGUCUCCAGCUCACCGUCAGCUGUGUGAACUUGUUCCACAGGUUUAUUUUAAGUUCUGGAAAAGUUUUAUUUAAGUAAAAAAGCUGCUUACUCAGGGAAUUAUCCUGCAUUUGAAAUAAAAAGGAUGCAAUUAAA